AUGCCCCACGGUACGAGGCCUCUGGCUCCCUUGCCCUAUAUAAAGCGGGAGGACUUACAAUCAGAAAUUGAAACCCAUCGAGAUGUAUACGCAUCUCUCACGGGCACCGGCCGCCGGCUCCUUGGCAGCCUUUCCUCCCAAGAAGACGCCGUUAUGCUUCAGCGGCGGCUAGACGAGAUGAACCAGAGAUGGCAUCAUCUCAAGGCCAAAAGCAUGGCUAUCAGAAACCGUCUUGAAAGUAACGCGGAGCAUUGGUCUGCGCUUCUGCUGUCACUCCGUGAGCUCACUGAGUGGGUUAUCAGAAAGGAGACGGAGUUGAACGCUUUAGCACCUCCACGUGGCGACCUGCCGGCGUUGCUCAAACAACAGGAUGACCACCGCGCGUUUAGAAGACAACUAGAAGAUAAACGACCCGUGGUCGAAAGCAACCUUCUCAGUGGCAGACAGUACAUCGCUAAUGAACAGCCGUUAUCUGACACCAGUGACACUGAAGCGAACCGCGAGAACGAAGGUGAUUCCCGAGGAUAUCGCUCUGCAGAGGAGCAGGCUCGGGAGCUGGCCAGAUCCAUCAGGAGGGAAGUCGCCAAGCUAGCGGAUAAGUGGAACUCUUUGGUGGACAGAAGCGAUGCCUGGGGGCGGUGCUUGGAUGACGCUGUACAGACUCAUGGAAGCUCAGUGUUGCAGCCGUCUCCACUUGGCUGCAUCAACACAAAAGCGCCACAGAUCGGUAAAGAGCGCCCAUUGUUUAACCAGAAUGUGGAUUCGACCCGUUCCUAUUUGUUAAAUGCUGAUUCGUACGUGUAUUUAAUUGAAAUGUAUUGUUGA